ACGGCACGGUUGGCGGCAAUGGCGGAACGAUGCAAGGUGUGGCGAGUGCUUGGCUGACCGAGUGCGACGACAAACGAAAAAACAAUAAUUGACAUCGACCAUCCGAACGAUUUCGCGUGAAUCUUUCAAAGAAAGACACGCUCGCCAUGUCGGUGGACAAGCAAGAGUACCAUAGAGCGUCGAACGCCGUCGUCUUCGGCGGAGGACUCACGUUCGUGGCUCUCUUUCUCCUGAUGAUGGCCUUCAUAAGUCCCUAUUGGAUCGAGUCGUAUCAGGAAACGUUCAGCAACUUCAAGCACAUGGGACUUUGGGAGUAUUGCUUCGAGCAGUUCCGCUAUCCCUACUACCAAUUCGACAAGCAGUUUGACGGCUGCCAUCACAUCUUCUCGCAAGAGUACUACGUGAUAAGAGAGUGGCUGCUACCGGUUUGGCUCAUGAUCGUGCAGGCGUUUGUCACUCUGUCGCUGCUGCUGUCCUGUUUCGCCUUUCUCGUGAUAAUUCUCAUUUGGAUACGCUGGCCACUCAGAUUCGUUCUACAUUACGAAUGGAUCCUGUCGUCGGUUGCAUUCGUGUGCGACGCAGUAACUGCCGGACUUCUCUUCCUGGCGGUGUCUAUAUUCGGCGGACAAUGCUGGCGUCGCGACUGGCUGAUGUAUCCGAAUUUCAAUCACCUGUCGUGGUCGUACGGUCUCGCAGUCAUAUCGUUCAUGAUUCACACGUUUGCCGCGUUCUUCCUGUACUUGGACGCGCGGACCGGCUACAGAUUGCGCAAGGAGUCGCGCAAUCUGGUGAUGCAGAUGCAGCCAAAUCCUCAGUCGCAUCACGGACCACCGCGAAGCGGAUAUAUAUAAUGACAUCGAAUUGAUUUCGAUACACGAGCUGAAAAUCAGUUUCUCUCUCGAGGACAACUGCCUACCUGAGCAUGGCCUUAGUCUCCGUCCAAACGUAUGUUUUCAACGACGUGUUUACUCGAUACAACUCCAAUCGAGACGAGAAAAUUAUUUACAAAUCUUGUCUAAUUAACUUGUAUUCCAUUAUUUUAAAUUAAUCUACUCGAACGUAAGUAAAUAAUAUAUCCGUCCAUUGUUCGACUUAUUGUAUUAUUUAGAUAAAUUUUUAUAUCACGAAUUUUAUUAUUUAGAUAUUACAUGUAUUAUAUAAUAUAUUAUAAGUGCCUUGUACGAUAAUCAGAAUCUCGUAUCGUUAAUAAACGAGGAAUAUUCUUUUUCGUAAA